UGCGUUGCCAUAGAGACGGCCCUUAGAGAUGGGGUGGGGAGGACAAAGUCCCCGGAAGUGACGUCGCAGGAUCUGAAGCACCCGAUCCUCGGGCCCAGGACGCGGGGUCAGUGUCCGUUCCUGGCAGCGGCAGCAGCAGCGGCGAGCCUGCAUACGACGCCUCCGGGGGCGGUGAGUCAGCGCCGGACCCGGGAGGCUGAGCCUGGCCGCGGGGCCAGGAAAGGGCCCAGACAGAGCGUGGGAAAAGUGGGUGAGCCCUGGACCAUGGCUGUGGCCCCAGACCCGAGGGAGCAGGACGGGCUCCUGAUCGUGAAGAUCGAAGAGGACAUGGAGGACGAGAGCCCUUGGGAGCCUCAGCCCCUCACACGGAGGGCCAGGGAGACCCCCAAGUCGGCAGACCCCCGCCAGCGUUUCCGUGCCUUCCGCUACCAGGAGGCAGCCGGGCCUCGCGAGGCGCUGAGCCGGCUCCGGGAGCUCUGUCACCAGUGGCUGAGGCCAGAAAUACGCACCAAGGAGCAAAUUAUGGAGCUGCUCAUUCUGGAACAGUUCCUGAGCAUGCUGCCUCCAGAGACCAGGCUCUGGGUGGAGGCCCAGGAUCCCAAGAACGCAGAGGAGGCUGUCAUCUUGGUGGAGGACCUGAGCCGGGGACUUCGGCCCAGUGCUCUGCCUUCAGCCCAGGCUCCCGCCCAUUCUGCAGAUCUGGGGAGCCUCAGAGACCAGGAAGCCAAGCUCUCUGACAGAUGCCAGAGGGUCAGAGAUGGGGCAGCCAUGGGAAAAGGGAGGGGAAAGAGCUAUUCAAUUGAGCCCCCCAGAGAUCUUGGCACCGACCAGGCAGCCCAGCCUCCCAUGUCGGGCCCAAAGAUUUCCUCCAAGAGGCCCCUGAGUGGGAGUGAUAGCCGGAGCGCAAAGAGAGACCGCAAAGCCAUUAACUUGCAUGUUAAGCUGGAAGUGCUGCGUCGGUUUGCAGCCGGUGAGAAGCUCAGCCGCAUCGCCAAGGCCUUGGGGCUCUCCACCUCGACGGUGGCUACCAUUCGAGACAACAAGGAGAAGAUCAGAGCGAGCUCUCAGGCGGCCACGCCCCAGGUGGCCACCAAGCUGACCCGGAGCAGGAGCCUGGUGAUGGAGAACAUGGAGAGGCUGCUGAGCAUCUGGAUCGAGGACCAGAAUCAGCGCGGCGUGCCCAUCAAUGUCUCGACCAUCCAGGAGAAGGCCAAGAGCCUGUUCCAAGACCUGAAGAGGGAGCAGGGGCCUAGCGCUGAGGCUGAGACAUUUGGGGCAAGCCGGGGCUGGUUCACCAGGUUCAAAGCCCGUCACAGCCUACCCAACCUCGGGACCAGCAGUGAAACAGUCAGCACAGACACGGAGGCUGCAGCCAAGUACCCCGAGGCACUGAGGAGGGUCAUUGAGGAGGGUGGUUAUACGCCCCAGCAGGUAUUUAAUGUGGAUGAGACGGGGCUCUUCUGGAAGCGCCUGCCUGACAGGACCUUCAUCUCGGCAGAGGAGAAAACUGCGUCCGGGUUCAAGGCGGCCAGAGACCUUUUGACCCUCCUCCUGGGAGGCAACGCCGCUGGUGACUUCAAGCUCAAGCCCAUGCUGGUCUACCAUUCAGAGAGCCCGCGUGCCCUCAAGGGCUUCUCCAAACCCAACCUGCCCGUGAUUUGGCGCACCCACAAGAAGGCGUGGGUGACCAUGAGCCUCUUCCAGGAAUGGUUUGUUCACUUCUUUUGCCCGGCCAUUGAGAAAUACUGUACCCAAAACAACCUGCCCAACAAGGCCCUGCUGAUCCUGGACAGCGCUCCCGGACACCCGGGAAAUUUAGAUGACCUGUCCGACAAUGUGCGGGUGGAGUACCUCCCCAAGAAUACCACUGCCCUGAUCCAGCCCAUGAACCAAGGUGUGAUCGCAACCUUCAAGGCUUGCUACCUACGGAGAGUCUUCCACCUGCUCUUGCAAAGAGCCAACGGGGACGACAAGGGCACGAUCCGCGAAUUCUGGAGGAACUACAAUAUCCUCAACGCGGUAUACAAUAUCUCGGAGUCGUGGGAGGAGCUCGAGGCGGCGACCAUGAACUCGGGGUGGAAGAAGCUGUGGCCCGAGUGUGUCUCCAGCGACCGCGGGGCUCUGCCAGCAGAAACCAUCGGGCGGAUCGAGCAAGACAUCGUGAGCCUGGCCCACAAUCUGGGCUUCAGAGACAUUGCGGAGGCCGAUGUGGCGCAGCUGCUGCAGAGCCACGGCGCUGACUUGUCCAACGCGGAGCUAAUGCAGCUGGAGCAGGAGCGGGCUGCUGGGGAGGAGAGCGAGGACGCUCCACCUGCCCCUCGCCAGCUGACAGUCAGGCAUCUGGCCAAAGCGCUCUCUCACUUCGAUGCGGGGCUUCAGAUCCUCACGGAUAAUGACCCAAAUCUGGAGCGUAGUCUGAAGGUGUCCAGAGGUGUCCAUGGCCUCAUCAGCUGCUACCGUGACAUGUACCUGGAGAAGAGGCAAGGGCCCAGAUAGGGAAUCUGCCCUCCCCGCGCUGGCCACGUUUUUACUCUGCAGCUUCCUCCGAGGAGACUUUUUGUCAAAACGAUCAGUUUACUUUUAAAAAUACAUGUGUUUUGAAAGUUUG